AUGUCGGAAAACAAGGAUGUGGCUAAAACUAAUGUCGACCCUGAACUGGACGAUUUAUUGAACAGUGCUCUCCAGGAUAUGACGAAGAAUGCGGAAGGGGAUAAACCUGAGGGUUCAAACGACGUCCCACAGAACAUGUGGAGUGAAGAGUUCAUCAAGGAAGCCGCUGCACAGUUCGAGAGCAACAUGUCUGCGAUACUAAGCAGUUUUAGCGGAGUGCCUGAGGAGCAAAUUACACAAGAACAAAUCGCGCAGACAUUUUCCAAAAUGGCAGAAGCAGCCGCUCAGGUCUUAAAGCCUGAUGGGUCUACGGAAGAACCAACAGUCACGACAGACAAUCCAGCUAUACAGGAGAAAGUUGAUGAGGUCUCGGCAGCCAUCUCACAGACCCUCAAAAACUUGAAUACGAACUCGGAAAAUCUACAAACGCCGUUCUCGGACACAGAUCUCGCCAACAUGUUCGCCAACUUCAAUGUUGGAGAAGGCGGUCAGGAUGGCAAUAUGUUCGUGCCUUUUAUGCAAGGGAUGAUGCAAUCCUUAUUAUCUAAAGAAGUGCUGUACCCAUCGCUGAAGGACCUGGUAGAUAAAUAUCCCACUUGGCUGGCGGAAAACAAGGGGAAGAUUGACCAGGCAGAGUUUGAGAGGUUUGAAAAGCAGCAGCAGUUGAUGAACCAGGUGUGCAAUGAACUGGAGCCCGAACAGGAGUCAGACCCCGAUGACGUGAAACGAAAGAGAUUCGAAACUGUAUUGGAUCUUAUGCAAAAGAUGCAAGACUUAGGUCAACCACCCACCGAGUUAGUAGGAGACAUCGGAGCUCCACCCCAAGGGUUCGUAGCCCCCCCUCAAGGAGAUGCGUCACAGUGUAGCGUUAUGUAG